GCGCAGGCCCCGCCUUGGGGGAGGAGCCGAGGGGCGGUGCGGAGGCAGUCGGCCGAGCAGCCCGGCUUCAGUCGCCUCACCGGCAGCUGCGGCUCGGGGACAGACAGAGCCGGGGCCCGGAGCCGCCCGGGCAGGGCUCGGGAGAGAGGGCCCCAUCAUGAGGCCCCAGCCCCGCCGGAGCCCCAGCGCUCCCCGGGCCCCGGGCACACCGUGCUAGCCCCCAUCCGGGGCGUGGGGAGGCGCGGUGGCCAUGGCCAGCCACGUGGACCUGCUGACGGAGCUGCAGCUGCUGGAGAAGGUGCCCACGCUGGAGCGGCUGCGGGCCGCCCAGAAGCGCCGGGCGCAGCAGCUGAAGAAGUGGGCGCAGUACGAGCAGGACCUGCAGCACCGCAAGCGCAAGCACGAGCGGAAGCGCAGCACUGGCGGCCGGCGGAAGAAGGUGACCUUCGAGGCCAGCGUGGCCCUGCUGGAGGCCUCCCUGCGGAACGACGCGGAGGAAGUGCGCUACUUUCUGAAGAACAAGGUCAGCCCUGAUUUGUGCAACGAGGAUGGACUCACAGCCCUACACCAGUGCUGCAUCGACAACUUUGAGGAAAUUGUCAAGCUGCUCCUUUCCCACGGUGCGAACGUGAAUGCCAAGGACAACGAGCUGUGGACUCCCCUGCACGCCGCGGCCACCUGCGGCCACAUCAACCUGGUGAAAAUCCUCGUUCAGUAUGGGGCCGACUUGCUCGCUGUCAACGCUGAUGGGAACAUGCCAUACGAUCUCUGUGAGGAUGAGCCCACCCUGGAUGUCAUCGAGACGUGCAUGGCAUACCAGGGCAUCACUCAAGAGAAAAUCAACGAGAUGCGGGUGGCUCCCGAGCAGCAGAUGAUUUCGGACAUCCACUGCAUGAUCGCAGCUGGCCAGGACCUUGACUGGAUCGAUGCCCAGGGGGCCACGCUGCUGCACAUAGCUGGAGCCAAUGGAUACCUACGAGCAGCCGAGCUCCUCCUGGACCACGGAGUGCGUGUGGACGUGAAGGACUGGGAUGGCUGGGAGCCCCUGCACGCGGCUGCCUUCUGGGGACAGAUGCAAAUGGCAGAGCUAUUGGUGUCCCAUGGGGCCAGUCUCAGUGCCAGGACAUCCAUGGAUGAAAUGCCGAUAGACCUGUGCGAAGAAGAGGAGUUCAAGGUCCUGCUGCUGGAGCUAAAACACAAGCAUGAUGUCAUCAUGAAGUCACAGCUGAGGCACAAAUCAUCCUUGAGCCGGAGGACAUCCAGUGCAGGCAGCCGUGGGAAGGUGGUGCGUCGAGCCAGCCUCUCGGACAGGACCAACCUGUACAGGAAGGAGUAUGAGGGCGAGGCCAUCCUGUGGCAGCAGCGGAGCGCGGCCGAGGACCAGCGGACCUCAGCCUACAACGGGGACAUCAGGGAGACCAGGACAGACCAGGAGAAUAAGGACCCAAACCCCCGGCUGGAGAAGCCCGUGCUGCUCUCGGAGUUUCCUAGCAAGAUCCCACGAAGCGAGAUGGACAUGCCUGUCGAGAAUGGCCUGCGGGCUCCGGUCAGCGCCUACCAGUACGCACUGUCCAACGGCGACGUCUGGAAAGUGCAUGAGGUGCCCGACUACAGCAUGGUCUACGGCAACCCCGGCAUGGCCGACGCCACGCCGCCCUGGACUGGCUACAAGGAACAGAGCUCCCAGACGCUCCUGGAGCUGAAGCGGCACCGGGCUGCAGCCAAGCUGCUCAGCCACCCCUUCCUGAGCACCCACCUGGGCAGCGGCAUAGCCAGGACGGGCGAGAGCAGCAGCGAAGGCAAGGCCCCCUUGAUCGGAGGCAGAACUUCACCAUACAGCAGCAAUGGCACCUCGGUGUAUUACACGGUCACCAGCGGCGAUCCCCCGCUCUUGAAGUUCAAGGCCCCCAUAGAGGAGAUGGAAGAGAAGGUCCAUGGCUGUUGCCGGAUCUCCUAGUCUCCCUAUGACAGAGGAGAGAGAUGUGUUGGGGAGGGGGUCCCUGGAAUCCAGGCCAGCCCGGCAGCCCUGGUUGGGGAAGCUUCAGAGGGCAGCACCCGGCGGGAGAUGGGCUCUGCUUUCCAGAGGAAGGCCGACCCCACCUCUCAGCCCGCUGCCCGCAGCUCAAGCGCAGCUGCCGCAGUGCUUCCCCAGUGCUUCCUGCUGCAUCGUCUGCCGUCAGAAACAAGGCCCCUCAUGGCUUCCCGCCCAGCCCUCUGGUAUGAUUUGGGGAGGGAGGGCUGGGCUCCGGUUCAGUUGUGGGUGAAAUCUUCUCUGGACCAGUACUCGCAUGUCACAUAACACAUAACACACACUUCACCAACAUGUGUACAAAUGACCAGGGGGUUCAUGGGAAGCAGGUGGGACAGAGAAUUUGUGGGCUGUUUCCAAGAGGAUUGAGGUUAUGACUGAGGGUUUUUGUCACCACUGCCAAUGUGGCUUUAGCAGAGGAGGGGGCCUGCUAAGCUGAGACCCAUAGUCCUGCCCAGAGUCCUACCAGGGUCUGGGCCACCAUGUGCAUCUGACAAGAGCAGGCGGGUCUCUCUGUGUUCAGAGGGAGCCUUGAACCCACAUGGGUAGAUGGAAUGAGCACAGGCCUGCUCCCCACAGCCUCGCCCACGCCAGGAGUUAGCUGUGCAACCACCCAGGGGCUGGGGUGGAAAACCAAGCUAUUCCAUUCCCGGAAUAAUCCAAAUCCCAUUCUGUUUUUGGAUGGAAGCAUCAAAAAGCGGAGGGGGGAACGAAAUGUUUCCCAAAGUGCAUUUGAUACAAGAAUUAUUGCAGGCUGUUAAACUCUAUGUGGGAGGGAACCGAAUUUGACUGCUUUCAUGGAUAAUGCCAUGAUAGCUGGGUUUUACUGACUUGUGAUGGAAAAAUGAACUUGAGGACCUUCCGUUGGAAAGGCUUUUCCAAAGAGAGGAGUGAAUUCAUGUUGGUAAAUUCUUGGUGAGCCCUCCUCAGACUGGGCCAUCUGAGGGAGCAGUGAGGGGCCGCUGGGUACGCCCCAUGCUGGCCUGCACUCCCAGGGUGAAUGCUUAGGACCCCAGGCUCAGCUUUGCCUUUUCUGAAAUGCCCAGUGAAACAAGUUGCCAGUUGGCCCUCGUGAGUUCCUCCUGCCUGGCCCAGGGGCUGCCUGCCUGCUCCUGCCAGAGUGGGGACACCCCAGGCCUGCAAAUCCAAGGUGCCCAUGGCCAACCCCUAAACUGCAUUCAGGAGAGUGGUGGUGGGACUGGAGUCGGUCUCACCCCAGCCCUACAGUUUCAUAGUCCCAGUCUCCCCGAUGCUGGGGAGGCCGGACACAGGCCUGCUCCCCACAGCCUUGCCCAUGCCAGGAGCCAGCUGUGUGACCACCCAUUCAGUUCACCCAAGGGGCAGGCUGCCCACCACUCUCACUGCAUUCUCUCAUGAGCCCCCUUGACACUGUCGCCCGUGAGAUGGGUGCUGUCCACCGGCUCAGCCAAAACCCAUUGGUGUAACUAACGAGCAGGUUUGUUUCCUGCUCUGUGCGCCUUUUAUUUGUCCUAAAACUACCUCCUUAGAGCUCUGACGGUGCCCCCUAGAUCUAGAUUCUGUGACUUGGGGGACAAAUCUGGGUUCCCUUUAAUCCCCUUUUUUCUGAGCCUAUGAAAAAUUCUCCCCGGGCAGGGGGGUGGGGAGGGCAGGGUACCUGGGCCAGGGGGCUGUGGCUGGAGAAGUUCCCCUUGUACCACAGCCUUAGUGAUGGGUCUGCUGUUUGCUAGUCCCAGUCCUCACUGUGGGCCCCGCACCCUCUCCCCGUAACUGGAAGGGAGCUGGCUCCCAGGGGGCCCAGCUGAUGCUCCACCAGGAGUGGGGCAGCUGGGCAGGAGAGCAUGGGCCUCAGGAGAGUCCCUGUGCCCCUGGUGGCUCUUGGGUACAGGGAGGGUCACAGCACCAGGCCACCGCCACCCCAACUCCAGGGCAGUUCCAGUAGAGGGUGGCGGGGUUGGUCAGGAGACUGCAGAUAUGUGUAUGAUGCCUCCUGUGUCCCUGGGGUCUAGGGUGGGCUCUCCAUCAUCCCAGCCUAUGGCUGGGGCAAGGCAGGGAUGACCUAAAACACACAUACCUUCGGCUUUAAAACAGUGUUCAGAUCAGACUAACACUGCAAGUCCUCUUGAGCCAACUUAAGCUGCAAGCUGGCAGUGCCCAGGGAAGCCACAUACUCCUCAGGAGAGAGCUGGGCAGAUUUUUGGGAUCUGCUUGCUCAGGGCCCAGAGACUGAAGGCAUUUAUUGCCUACUCUAGGCCCUCUGGCCAUUCCCCCCUUGCCUCCUGCCUCCUGGGCCAUUCCUCUCCACCCAGAAGGCUGGGAACUGAAGACUCUUGAGCACAAGCUCAUGUUGUCAGUCAGGGAUAAACCAUUCCCUGUUGGGGCUUCUAGUACCUGGGGUACUUUUCCUGUAGGUCUCAUGGGUGUGGAAGGGCGAGCUGGGCCAAGGCCAUCUGUUUAUUCACUCAUGAAGUUUGCUAAGUAGCUGUGACAUCCGAGGCGCUAUGUUAGUUAGGUUCUGGGGAUAAAGGAGGAACAAGAUAGAGUGAGGAGAUUGCCCUUUAUGGUUUCCAUCCCUUGAGGACCAUGGGUGUUGGCAGCAGCCCAUUCAAGUUGUCUGUGGUUGAGUGACUGCAUCCUGGUCCAGCAUCCCUUUGCUUUUCAGCUCUUAGUCUCCCUAGAGUAUGAAUCCCUGUAGCCAGGAAACAGCUGUCAUGGCCACCUGUAGAGGACAUGUGCCACGAAAUGCAGAUGCUGGAACUUGGGUUCCAGGCUGAUGCCAUCCUGAGCCUAUAUGGACCCCUCAGGGCUCCUAGCUGCCUUCAGGCCAGCAUCUCGGAGGCACUAUGUCAUAGCAGUUUGAGGUCAGUGUCUAGAAGAAUAAGGAGUCUGGAAUUUGCUGCCCAGUGCAUCUCAGGUUUUUAAACUCACUGUCUCUCACUCAUUUUUGCUAUUUAUUAUGUAGUCUUCCUUCCCCACCAAUGGACAAGAAGAAAAAGAGCUUCUCCUUUAACAUCGAAGCCUUCCUUCAUGAAUCUGCCUGUCUUCCUGGCAGGUAUGAAUCACAGAGCUGAGAGAAUGCUGGCAAGGUUGACCAGAUGCCCAGCUCCUGCCAAGACCCACACUGGUGGCAGUUCCUGGCAGAUGGAAGGAGGCUACUUCCAGAGCAGGUGCCAUGUGGCUCACUGUGAGCUCUGGCCCUCGCUCCUACCCUAUGCCCCAGACAAUUGAAAAUUGGUGGCUGUCACCAGAGAGUGAGUUUCUGGCCAGUGGCUCAAGGAAGCUGAGUGAAUCUAGACCCAGGUCUGCUGAAGACUUCAGGAUAUAGUUCUCCAUCAGUUACACAGCAUCGGUGAAACUGCUCUGCACUGUUUUAUCAAUUUAAAUGACCUUAGAAAGCUAACAAGGGUAUGUCCCCUGUCCUAUCCCACCACAGUUUGCUGGCUUUGUAGUAAUGUAAGACCAUUUGAGUUACCGGUGUCAGAUACCUUUUGAUCUUGAGCUCUCUCUUCCACCUGCUCUCCCAGAGCAGGAUACUGGGGCACUUUCCAGGAGGAGCCCCUUACAAGAUGCUCAGAAGGACUCUAUUUAAUUCCUGCUAUUGUAGCCUGGGGACAGCCUCCCCUCCCCCAGGGCACAUAAGAACAAAGGGUCGUGUGGUCAGUGAGUAACUCCGCAGAAAUGAUCCCUUUGCCAGAAGCUCUAGCCCUCUCCUUGAUAGGAGUCUCUUGCUGGCCAGUUGGCCAGAGGACCUGCUUCCCAUGGGCACGCAAGUGCCACUGUGCGGGGCCUGGCUCUGCGCACCCAGGAAAGGUCUGCAGACCCCCAGCCCUCCGCAAUAAUUCACCAGACCAGAAGCCACUGAUGUACAGAGAACACUUAAGAAAAUGUAUUUUAUGUGAAAAAAAGUUAAAACUCUGUAUACUGUAUCAGCAGCUUUGUGUAAAAAUGGCAAUCAAGAGAGUCUAAUAUAUUUAAAACUUUUUUUAAAAAAACAUCCAUGCGGAUCUUUGAUAUUGUAUCGAAAUAACUUUCAGGUCGCUCCUCGCCACGCAGCAGUGGUGGGCCCGUGUCCAAGACUGCGGCCCAACCACGUCCCAAAGGGGCAUGACCCUGGAGUUGCUUCAGCUGCCAAGGCCUGUGACGGAAUUCGCUGUUGAGUUUUUAAUUAAGAUUAUUAAAUUCCUUUUAAUAACA